AUGGCAGCUCCAGCCAAUGUCCCCGAGUUCUUUAGCCUACCCCUUGGGGCUGACUACCCAAAAGAACUUGACCAGCAACUCAAGAGAACCCGUGCUUGUACAAUCAAGAUAGAGGGUGUUGCCAGUUCUAUCUCAGCCAGUCUAAGAAUUCGGUUGGAUUCAAAGCAACCUUGGCUUGAUGUUCAGUUCGACCGGACGCAUGUCAUAUUCCCCGCCACACGGGCAGCCUUCAAGUUGGUCCUUCAGGGUGACAGUCGCGAGACCGACAACAUCAUUAAAACGCACCAAAAGUCUGCACCCCAAUUGAAGAAGGACUACCAAGCCUGCUUCUUUCAGCUAAGCGCGUCCGCUGAUCCUGUUUUCGCUGGUCCGUUUUGGAAACUGAACAAAGACCUAUCCGCGCGCUGGAAAUCCUUGCAGGCGGUCAAGUGGAACCAAAAAACGGCUACUAUCUGGAUUGAAAUUCCCAACAAAUGCCUUGAUGAGUUUCGGAUAAUGCAGACCCACAUCGCCAAGCUGGUGACACUUGUCCGCACAAACCUUAAGCCCAACAACCCAGAGUGUGGGCUUUGGUACGCCGAGCGAAACCAGCUUCCAGAGUCAGACAAAGCGCCUCGACGGCCCAAAGCCCCUUGGCUCUUUGAUCAAGACGGGGACUAUCAUACAUGGGAUUCCCCUCUCAACUUUUUUCUGGACGAGCAGGAUCGCCGUUCGCGCCUGGUCGAAGCCGCCAUCAUAGAGCAACAUAUCGAGUGCGCCACGUACGACAAAGUCUUUUGCGACGAGAAGAUUCACGACGUAAUCCUUGAGCGCGCUGGACCAACGGAGGCCUACUGGCAGUUGCACGUGUGGAUGAACGCCGACCCAAAGCCGGAUCCACCUGAAGGAAUCAAGGCCAAGUACCAGGUCAAUACGGCUGGCUCAGGGGAAAGUGCAACCGGUACGCUGGUCACUGGUGAUGGUAUCUGUAUCCAAUCCAGUAGAGCAGACUUUGCAAUCCUGACACGAGCCUCUUUUGACUCUUCUAUGGACGGCCAGAUGAGGAAGAUCAAGGCUACUGUCACAGUAAACCUCAAGUCCACCACUCUUCAGAUCGACGCACUGGCCCUAGCAGGGAGAAUUGUCACGUUUGGCGACUCAGAUAAAACCGAGGGCCAUGGAUACUCUCUGAAACGGACUAUUCUGGCACAUGGCUCAGAGUUAAGCCCUGAAAGCAAACACUACUUUGAGCUAGAUGUGCGCGAGGUCUCCGUUUUGGACCAGAAUGUGAAAGAUGAACGGCUUGAGUAUAUCCAGAAGAAGUUCAAGUUGGAUAGCUCGCAGCUUAAAGCGGUCUAUAAUUCGGUCUUCCGUGUCGUUGCUGGUGUUCAUCUGGUUAAAGGGCCGCCAGGUAAUGGGAAAACCCAGACAACACUGGUAAUGAUCCUGAUUCUUGCCUGCCUCGGGCUCCAAUCAAGCUGUGGACACCCUGCUUCUGGCCUAUCAUGA